UUCCUGACAAGCAAUUGCUAGACAGGACCAUGUGAUCCAAUGGUUACCUAUGUCUCCUAGCAAACUCCACCAAGAGGCCUCUUCACCACUCAUCUAUACUUAUAACUGAUCUUCUCACAUACCCUUUUAUCUAUAUAUACACAUGCAUCACCCCACACCCAACUUAAGUCCUCGAGUCAUCACAUUACCUACUUGCAGCCCAAGCUUUCCCUUCUUCUCCUUCAUCAUUUCUGCUAUUUUUCAGCAUCCAGAUAGUUAACAUAAACAAAUAGCAAUGGCUAUUCGCUUUCCUGCUAUUGCACAUGCUAAGCAGAUACUUCGCCGAUCAAACUUGCUACCAAAUCAAUCUGCUUCUAAUUUUACAGAUGUUCCUAAAGGCUAUUUAGCUGUAUAUGUUGGUGAAGACCAAAAGAAGAGAUUCAUAGUUCCAGUAUCAUUGUUGAAUAAGCCUUCAUUUCAAGAAUUGCUAAGGAAGGCUGAGGAAGAAUUUGGGUUCAAUCAUCCAAUGGGCGGUAUCACAAUUCCCUGCAGAGAAGACAUCUUUAUUGAUCUUACUUCAGGUGAGGAUCCUCAUAAAUAUCUCAAGGAGUUCCAUGUUGUGUUGUCACGACCCAAUCUAUGGAUCAGACCGGCACUAAGACCUGAGCCAGCCUAAAGCCUCCGAAGCCCGUAGUAAGCUUAACUAUUCCUCAACCCAACUCUAAGGCCCAUUUGGGCCCAAUUUCAAGAAUUCAA